CUCGAGGCAGCUUCCGCUCCAGGCUUCCGCGUGGCAGGCAGAGUGCUGAGCCCAUUCCACCCAGUGUAGACAUCACAAGCUUCCCGCGAUGCCCGCCCCAACGUGCUCCUCCUGCCACGCGGCCCGCGCUGCCCUCCGCCGCCCGCGCUCGGGGCAGGCUCUGUGCGGCUCCUGCUUCUGUGCGGCCUUUGAGGCCGAGGUGCUGCACACGGUGCUCGCAGGGCGCCUGCUGCCCCCUGGUGCCGUGGUGGCCGUGGGCGCCUCGGGCGGCAAGGACUCCACGGUACUGGCGCAUGUGCUGCGCGAGCUCACGCCGCGCCUGGGCAUCACGCUGCACCUGGUGGCGGUGGACGAAGGCAUCGGCGGCUACCGAGACGCAGCGCUGGAGGCCGUGAGCAGCCAGGCAGCGCGCUGGGAGCUGCCGCUCACCGUUGUGGCCUAUGCAGACCUGUUCGGGGGCUGGACAAUGGACGCCGUGGCCCGCAGCACGGCCGGCUCUGGCCGGAGCCGGUCCUGCUGCACCUUCUGCGGGGUGCUACGGAGGAGGGCGCUGGAGGAGGGCGCUCGCCUAGUGGGAGCUACACACAUCGUGACAGGUCACAAUGCCGAUGAUAUGGCGGAGACAGUGCUCAUGAACUUCCUGCGUGGUGAUGCGGGGCGGCUGGCACGGGGCGGAGUGCUGGGCUCUGGGGGCGAGGGGUGCGCGCUCCCGCGGUGCCGGCCACUGCAGUUCGCUUCGCAGAAGGAGGUGGUGCUGUACGCGCACUUCCGCCGUCUGCGCUACUUCUCCGAGGAGUGCGUGUACGCGCCCGAGGCCUUCCGUGGCCAUGCUCGCGACCUGCUCAAGCAGCUGGAGGCAGCGCGGCCAUCCACAGUGCUGGACCUUGUGCACUCGGCAGAGCGCCUAGCUCUUGCCCCGGCGGCUCGGCCGCCUCCUCCAGGCACCUGCUCCCGCUGCGGGGCGCUGGCCAGUCACACACUCUGCCAGGCCUGCGCGCUCCUGGAUGGCCUCAACCGAGGCCUGCCACGCCUGGCCAUCGGCAAGGGCCGCCGCGUGCUGCAAGCCCAGCCACCACUGCCCGGGAGCCGAAGCCAGGCCACCAGUGACGCUGUGGCCCCACCGGGACCCUGCACCUGUGAGCAAUCCAGAGAUGGAGCCACCCUGUGCCGGAAUGGAGGGGGCCAGGCAGGAGCCACCUGUGUCCUGCAGAGUGACCUGAGCCCCACUGAGUGACCUAAGCCCUGCACUCUACAUUGCCCUGUGCCCUUGGGAAGUGACUGUACCCUGUAGUGCCCUGUGCCUGUGAAGCGAUCUGUGCACUGUGAAGUGACUGCCCUGCAGUGUCCUGCCCUUCUAGAGCUACCUGUGUCUUAUGGGAGGACCGUGCCCUGUGCAGCAACCUUGGAGAAGCUGAGGAAGCCCCAGGCUGCGCACUUCUGUGGGCUCAGGGAAGCCCCGGCUCUCACUUUGUCUGCCCAAGUCAGGUAAACAAAGUGAAACGAGCAGUGGAAACAUACUCACAAUCAUCACUGUGCCCCUUUCAUCGAGGUAAAACACAGCUCUUGCUCUAAGGGAAUCAGAGAAAGCUGAUUCUGAACCAGAGGAGAGUUUCCAUGGCUGGGUGCAUGGAUUCAGGUCGCCCCGGAACACUGCUGUGGAAGCAGCUACACAAGCAUUUACAGCCCUGGAUCAAUAUCAAGCCAAUAUUUGGCCAAAUACUCUGGUGUAGGCAGGUUACAGCAAGGCUUGGGAAACCCCUGCUGUGGGUCUCAGCUGCUGUCUGGUGCAUUCUUAGCCUGGGAGUCCUUGGAAGACAGUGGUCUGCUUAGUUGAUUCAUUCCAAACCAAGUUUGCAUGGUUUUCAUAUGACUGUUGGGUCAGUGUCCUGGUUGGUUCUUUUUGCUUUUAUUUUGCCAACUUGACCCAGGCUGGGAUCAUCUGACAAAAUGCCUCCAUAAGAUCGGCCUAUAGGCAAACCCAUAGGGCAUUUUCUUGAUUGAUGAUUGAUCUGGAAGGCCCCAGCCCGCUGUGAGUGGUGCAGUCCUUAGGCAGGUGAUUCUGGGUACUAUAAGAAAGCAGGCUGAGCAAGCCAGUAAGCAGUGUGUUCCUCCGUGGCCUCUGCCUCAGUUCCUGCUCUGACUUCCCUCGGUAAUGGAGUGUGAGCUGAGAGACGAGAGAAAUAAAGCCUUUCCUCCCUAAGAUGCUUUUGGUCAUGAUGUUUUACCGCAGCAAUGGAAA